CAUGCUCGGCGCAGUUGGUCUGAGGAAGCCGACGACAGCGCCCAUCUUGUUACUUCGUCAUCCAUAUACUUAAUUAUUCGAAAUGUGAGUUUAGUUUAGUCAAUAAAUUAUUUGGACCCGGAUUCUGUUUCACAAGUUUCUUCAUUUAUCCGUCUAUAUUCUCCGAUGAUCCAGUCCAGACGGCUUGUAGAAUAUUAUAGCAAUGUCUUCCACCUUGCGGACCAGGCGUGGAGCGGAGACUCAACCCGAUGACCCACGGGAAGGCGGUUGGGGUAUAGUGGUGGUCAUCGCCGCUCACCUGUCCUUCGCAAUCCAGAAUGGUCUUCUACGGAGCCCAGGCGUCUUGUACCUUAGCUGGAAGGAAGAUUUCAGCACCAACGACAGAGAGACGGCGGCCGUUCAGAGCGUCUUUUCUUCCGUGUCGUGUUUCUCCGGUCUCCUUGGCGGGAUUUUGACGGAACGUUUUGGCUGCAGAGUCACAGGGAUCGUCGGAGGAGUUUUGACGUUUCUUGGUCAUCUCUGUACCUACUGGGUGACUGAUAUAUACCAACUCUACAUCACAGCUUCGAUAAUCGGAAUAGGGAUAGGGAUAGCUUCGAAUCCGGUUGUGGUUGUCGUCGCGAUGUACUUCAAAAGGAAAUACAAGCUAGCCCACGCGGUAGCCAUCUCUGGCGAAGGAACGGGCAUCAUGGCGGCUCCGCCGUUGUUCCAAAUGGUUUUGCAAAGCUUUGGUUGGCGAGGGACGUUUGUGAUCGCCUCUGCAGUUGCGGCAAACAUUGUCACAUUUAGCGCACUCUUCCGCCCAAACGGAACCAAACAGAAGUCCAAGGGGGGUCUUCAUUCAAGUCAGCAAAACCUGGCUAAGGGUGAGCAGAAUAGCGACGACAACUAUGGUCAUAGUGGUGGCUUAGUCCAACUUGAACCAAAAGGCCAAGCUGCAGAACAUGGGGAAACACCCAACAGCAACAUGGGUUAUGUCUCACUCGUAUUGGACACAAAGAAUGCAAAUCCCAUUCUUAGAUUACUCAAGAGAUUAGCAGUCCGUUUUGGGUUCCAUCUGUUUGUGAAAAGCUACCGCUUCGUUCUGCUGUGCGCCAUUCAGCUGCAGUUUAACAUCACGUACAUUGGAUUCGUGCUCUACCUCGUUCCCCGCGCACAGAGCGUGGGUGUGGCGCCCUCCAGCGCCGUCAUCUUGCUCAGUAUUUUUGGCAUCGGGAACUUGCUCGGUCGUCUUGGAAGCGGAUUGUUGGUGAGUUGGAAGAUAUUGGCCGAGCACGUGUCCGCCAUCACCAUGGUAAUUGCUGGGGUGUCCUUACUGAUCAUGAUCUCUGAAAGGUUUUCUCUUUUCGCAAUAGCUUCGUUUCUAUAUGGAUUCGUGUCGGGUGUCUAUUUCGCCAUCGGGUUCGUUUUAAUUCGGCAGUGUGUCGGCGUGAGGAAAUUAGCUGUUGGAGUUGGAUUCAGCCAGAUCUUCCUGGGCAUUGGAGCUGUAACUGGCCCUGUUGUAGCGGGGUGGAUCCUUGACCUGACCGGUGAUAGCUAUCAGACUGUCUACUGCGUGGAGAGCGCAAUAUGCUUCAUCGGUGCCGUACAGAUGCUCCUCGUACCCCUACUGAGACGGAUAGAACCAGGCAUCGAAAUCAGCCCUACCGAUGUAUGAAAGGACAGGCAAAGUUUACGGCUAAGUUGAACUUGAACAACUGGAUAAAAGCAGAUUUCAUGGCCUGACGAUCAGGGGACCGUAAUAUUUGUGGAAUUAUACUUUUGUUUCCAACGCCACACAAUGACCACAUUAUUGAUGUGCAAAAAAAACCGAACUGUAAUUUAUUCAAAAAAAAGAGAAAAGAAUAAAUAUCAAGCGGCAUAAAUUACCAUCAAUACAGUUGUUGAAGAUCGCUAAUCAUUGAAAUUGUUUUAUUUCUUUUAUCAAAAAUGUAUAAUGUUUAUACUGGCAGGCCAGAAAGUUAUUUUUCCCGAUUAAUCUGAACGUUUUUAGUGACACUUUGGGUCGUAUGUAAGAUGUAGGAAUAACAGUUUUGUAAUAAAUAUUUGUACAUGUAUUAUCAAAAUCAUUACUUUAUUAACUGUUUUGACCAUAUUGUAAGCCGAAAUAACAAAAAACGUGCUUGCUUUUGAAAGUUUUUAUCUGCCUUUCAGUAAAAAGGAAACAGCGUCACUAAACUUUUUCAAGAAAACUACUCCCUUCACACGUUGAAGCUCAUAUUGAAGGUGCCCGGAAGUUUGGUUUCUCGUUAGCUCACGUAUGUUUUCGGGGUCAACUUUCACGCUCUAUACCACUCAAACCCGUAAUGUAAAAAUAAAAUUAUCAAAUGUAAACACAAGCUUCCUGACACACUGAAAAAAAUUAUAAUUUUCGUCUACGGUGCCGUUUUCGGCUCCCUGUGCAUGUAUAGGGUUUGCACCCGAACAACAGAUUAUCUUUAUGCAUUGUCAA